AUGGAUCCUCAGACUCGCAACAAAAAAAUUGUCGAUCUCACCGAGCAAAAGCUGACCACCCUCGGUUUCUUGGGCCUCAAUGCCGUCCAAGGAGUCAAGAAUCUGGUCGAGCAAGUCAGGGCAGACCCGGAGAAUCUUGGCAGUAAGUUCCCCGUCCUGAGCGACUCCGAUACCCACUUCACUCGGCUCAGUACCAGCUCGUCUGCCACGACGGUCGUCGCUCCCGACCUGAUGUCUCAGUACGAGAUCAACUUUUAUUACCACGGCCUCUCGGAGGACCCUCCGAAGCUUAUGUGGCGCUCUGACUUCGACAUAACCCCCUUCCGCAUGCCCAAAGUCGGAGAACGCUUCUUCAAGCCCUACCCCAAGCCUGCCUUCGGUAUAUUCAACACGCGUCUCAACGACCUCAAGACUCAUGGUAUCAAGUACUCGGCACUGAAGGCUGCCCGCUUCUUGACCGUCAACGAGGACGAUGGGACAGAGACGUGGGGUCCCUUCACCGUUUGGAUAGCCGUCCAUCCCAACACCACCAAGGCUGCAGCUGUUCGCGACAUCACUCCCGAUAUACUCCAGGUCCUCAACGAUGCCCAGGUCUACGGUGCUGUCGUGGAGUGGUACGAGGGGACUGUCUAG